AUGGGAAAUAUGAACAUGGCUGCUAUCUCUCUGUUUGUCCUGUUUGCUCUUUCUGAACCUGUUUUUCUUUUACCCCUAAAACAGGAAAAUAACUUCCAGGAGCAGUGUCCUGUUUUUCGCUGCGGAAACUCACACAUCAGCUACCCUUUCAGCAAUAAAACAGAGAAUGCAAAAUGUGGUCCUUUUGUAGUGGAUGGUUGUGAUAAUGAGCAUCAGCAGAUCAGCCUAGACAGAGGAUCGGGAAAAUGGUAUCGACUUCAGAACAUCAGCUUCGAACCAUUUUCUUCAGAGGGUUCUUUUUCCAUCAUUGACAGGGAGCUUCAGUAUCAGUUGAAUACUAGGAACUGUGCAUCCUUCAAUAAUUUGAGUCUUCCCCAUAUCCAAUAUGUUGAUAUUCAAAUACCCAAUUCAAUAACCUUCUUCAAAUGCAACCACACCAUAAGAUUCCCAAAUUCUGCUUUUGAUCAUGAAUACUCAGAGUGCCCCAACUUCAACAUUUUUUAUACUGACAUGAAUGCUAAACUACCGAGUCCUCCGACCAAUUGUUCAUCUAUUUCACUUCCAGCGAAUACAGACAAGGGUUAUACUGACAUAUUUAAUUUGUUAACUGGUGAAUUCUCACUCCAAGUGACUAUACGGCCUGAAUUCAUCCUAUGUUACUACGACUGUUUGUUAAAUAAAGGAACAUGUCAACGGAACAACAGAACAAAACGAUUGGAGUGCAUGUACACAAAUGGAAGGGCCAUUGAUAUAGAUAUCAAGAUUCCAUCACCCCAAUCAUCAUUCCCACCUUCCUCGAGUCCAAUACCUCAAAAGGAAAGCAAAAAAGGAUCAGAACGGAGAGUAAUAACUGGUGUUGUUUGCGGAGCUAUGGUCCUAACAACAGUUGUGCUCGCGAUUUUCUUCUGGUAUCGACAUAAUCGAAAAAACGCUUCUACAAACCUUCAACGAACAAACACUUAUUCUCGUGCCUUCUCAAAAUCUGACCUGGAAAAUGCUAAUAUAUACUUUGGACUCUCCAUCUUCUCCUACUCGGAACUCGAAGAUGCAACUAAGAACUUUGCUUCAGAGAAUGAACUCGGAGAUGGAGGUUUUGGAACUGUUUACUAUGGAAAACUUCAAGACGGGCGUGAAGUUGCUGUCAAACGCUUAUAUGAGCGUAACUACAGGAAGGUUAAUCAAUUUCUGAAUGAAAUCGAAAUCCUCACAAGACUGCGCCACCAAAAUCUAGUAUCUCUUUAUGGGUGCACUUCACGUCGCAGCCGGGAGCUGCUUCUUGUUUAUGAAUACAUUCCCAACGGCACUGUUGCUGAUCAUCUCCAUGGAAAUCAAGCCAAGUGUAGUCCACUUACCUGGCCAGUUCGAUUGAAAAUUGCCAUAGAAACAGCGAAUGCGUUGGUUUACCUUCAUGCUUCUGAUAUUAUUCAUCGAGAUGUGAAGACUAACAACAUUCUCCUUGACAACAAUUUUUGUGUCAAAGUUGCAGAUUUUGGGAUUUCUAGAUUAUUCCCGACGAAUGCGACACAUAUCUCAACUGCUCCACAAGGGACUCCUGGAUAUGUUGAUCCUGAAUAUUUCAACUGUUAUCAGCUAACUGAAAAGAGUGAUGUCUAUAGCUUUGGUGUUGUCUUGGCUGAGCUCAUAUCAUCGAUGCCUGCUGUUGAUAUAACACGAGAAAGACAUGAUAUUAAUCUAUCCAGCUUAGCAAUAAACAAGAUUCAGAAAAACGAAUUCAAUGAGUUGAUCGACCCUUUUCUUGGAUAUCAAUCAAAUGAAGAAAUAAAAAAGAUGACAACGUUAGUUGCAGAGCUAGCAUUUCUAUGUUUGCAACAAGAUAAGGAAAUGAGACCUACUAUGGAUGAGAUUCAAGAGGAACUCAAGAGAAUUGAAAAUGGGGAGUAUGAGUGGGAUACUCCAGAUCAGGAGGAGCAUGAGGAUCCAUAGGUAUUCAAAAACCACAGUUGUCUAGAAAUCAAAAGAAAGAGAGAGGGGCAAUCAUUCCUACUUCCUACUCAUAUUAAUAAUUUAAAAAUUAAAGUUUCUUCUUUACAA